AUGUCGGAAGCUGCACGUUGCACACCUCUACGCCAGUCCUGUGAUCGAUGCCAUCACCAGAAGUUACGGUGUGCUCGCAGGGAUCAUAACACCACAGAAGCGUGCGAACGCUGCUUCCAACGACAGAUUCCAUGCAUAUACAGCUCAAGCUUGCCCAAGGGGCGACCAAGCAUAUACAGCUCAAGCUUUUCCAAGGAACGGCCAAGCACCAAUCCCACUAAGCGGAACAGCCACAAGCAUGCUGCCAAGAAGGGAACCAAAGCCAAUCCUAAAGGCAUUCCUACUCCCGUUUCAUCACUUGUUGACGGGACACUGUCCGAGGCGGCGACGCAUCAACAAACGGCUAGCACAGGACCCGAGUGUAACUCAGUCGGGUCUUCUUACACGCCACCUACUCCCCUCGAUCUGAAUCCCGGCGAGCUCGAUGUGGACCCAGAUGACUGGAUAACAGAUAAAGACGAGGAGAUAACACAGGCAGCGGCUGACUCUCACAUGUGGCCGCUUACUGCUGAUUAUCUUGCUACCGAGGCAUCUGAUUCCGCCUCGGGGGCGCCUCUGGUUCCUGAGUACGACCUAUGCUCCACCGACAGCACCCAUCAGCUACACGAAGCGACCGACCUAUCACUCGAUACCCUACCGAACUCAUGGGUCGACGACAACGCGGAAUGGGGUCACUUGCUGCUUCCAGAGAUGGAGGCGUGCAUGCAUUCUCCUCCUCUCACACGUAACGGCGACUCUACUCUUAACCUUUCCGUUACCAAUGAUGCGUCGGAGAGUCGGAGAUUGAGUCUUGACACUAUGCCAACGGCCAUGGAUAUCAGCACCAGUGGUAACAGUUUGACUGUCCAUUGCUACAAUUCCAGCGCCAUCAUUUCCCUGCUGUCGCAACUCAACGCUCGUAUCGCAUCGAUGCAGUGCGUCAUGGACAAGGUGGUCCAAGCCGCCGACGCAUCUGCAGUGACCGAGCGCAUGACGAGUAGUAGUGGUAGUGGUAAUGUCAAAGACUUUGUCGAGGGAAAUAAUACGGCAGGCAACUCGAGAAGGCGGCGGCCCACUCGUCUCCUUGAUGACACCGCUUUAGGGUCGGCGGCUAUUUGGCUGAUGCGCCAAAAGAAUCGCCGAUCAGCUUUCUUCCAUCGACGGUCGGAUGACUAUUACAUAGACAGUGAUGCACAACUGCGAAGCAGCAUCCUUCAGGAUAUUUUUUCGGCCUCGAACCACUUCCUUGAGGUGCUCGACGAGUGCGUGGCUAGACACUGCUGCACUACUCCUCCCAGCACGCCUCACGCCACGCGCGACCCGCUCAACGAGACGAUUCGACAUCUCAUCAUUUCGUGCCACCUACUACUGAUGGGAAUAUAUGAAACACUGUUGGUGGUGCUGGAACACGAUGCGUUGCUGGGGAAGCACAUGGCGUCGGCGGCCAACCACCAGGGUCCUCUUGGCCAGAUCCAGCUGGCUUCUGUAGUCCAGCUGUUAUCGUAUAUUUUCGCAAGACAGAAAGAUGCCAUUAAAGCUUAUCUGUGCGAAGCGCAGCAGCAGCGGCUGGGUCACUGUCGUGCCCGUGGCUGCUCGCAUGCCACGCUCAACAUCGAUAAGCAGGUAAGAAGUGGCCUUAUCCAUGAGCUGGAGAAGCGUUUCCAGCGCCUCGAGUGCAUCCUCGGUUUAAGUAGUUGCAUGUAG